UCAUCCCUAAGCAAGCAAGGAACCCUCUUUUUAAGCUCUUCAUUUUCAUUCCCUUUCUCGCUAUCAAUCCUUUCAUUCCUCCGAACCCCGAAACUUUCCAACCUCCCUAACAACCCAUCCCACCAAAAUGGCCCUAGAAUGGGUGGUGCUAGGGUACGCCGCCGGCGCCGAGGCCAUAAUGCUCCUCCUGCUAACCUUCCCACAACCCAUAAACCCUCUGCGGAAAGGUCUGAUAUCAGUGACCAAAGCCCUCCUAAAACCCUUCCUCUCAGUGGUUCCAUUUUGCCUGUUCCUGCUGAUGGACAUCUACUGGAAGUACGAGACUCGACCCACUUGCUCUUCCCACCACUGCUCUCCUUCCGACCACCUCCGCCACCAGAAAUCCAUUAUGAAGAGCCAGCGCAACGCCACCUUGAUUGCCGCUGCUUUGCUCUUCUACUGGUUGCUUUACUCUGUCACCAAGCUCGUGGACCGAAUCGAUGAGCUCGAUCGACGGAUUCAGAAACUGAAGGAUGAGGAUUAAGCCUAUGUUUUUGUAGUAGAUUGACAUCUAUAUGUUGAUGUCUCCCUGGUGUUUUUGUAGGUUUAUGCCAUUGAAUUUCCUCUUUUAGCUUCUUCCU